CCCUUUCCGCGAAACCUCCGGCUUCGGGGAGCGCGGCCCGAGCCCGCGGGUCCCGGGGCUUUCCGAGACCCCGCCGCCGCCCGCCCUGCCCCCCGCGCCCGGCCGUGGGCCUCAGCGCCCUCUCCCCGCACAGCCUCGGCCCGGCGGGGACGACGGAGACUCCCAUGGCCGGCUCAGGGCCCCCCAGUCCCGGCGGGCGCCCCUGCUCGCCCCGAGCUCCCCUGGCGUGGCUGGGGGUAGCGCUGCUGCUCCUCGCCGACUGGGUGCUGCUCCGGGAGGCGCUGCCCGCCGUCUGCUCCGUGCUGGUCCCCACGGCGCCGCCCCUGCUCCGGCUCUGGGUGCUGGGCCUGAGCCGCGGGGCUGUGCUGUGGCUGGGCGCCCGCGGCGUGCUCGGGGCGGCGGUCGGCCCCGGAAGCGAAAGCGCAGGACUCGGGGGAUGGCUGGCGGCUUUGCAGCCCGCGGCGGCGGCGCUGGGCUUGGCCCUGCCCGGCCUUGCCUCGUUCCGAGAGCUGCGCUCGUGGAGAGUUCCCCGGGCUUCCGACAGCCCCAGGCUCCUGCACUGGGGAAGUCGCCUGGAUGCGUUCGCCCUCGGUUACUUGGCAGCACUGUCCGCAGCCGCCCUGUGGCAUAAACUCAGCGGACUCUGGGCGCCGGGAAGGCAGGGGGGUUCAGGGGACGCGGUCCGCCGGCUUCUAGGCUGCCUGGGUUCAGAGAUGCGCCGCCUCCCGCUCCUGCUGGCCCUGUUGGUUCUCUCCAGUCUUGGGGAAAUGGCCAUUCCAUUCUUCACUGGCCACCUCACUGACUGGAUUUUACAAGAUGAGACGGCCUCUGCUUUCACACGAAACAUAACGCUCAUGUCCAUUCUCACCACCACCAGUGCAGUGCUGGAGUUCUUGGGUGAUGGAGUCUAUAACAGCAUCAUGGGUCGUGUGCACAGCCAGGUGCAGGGAGAGGUAUUUCAGGCUGUCCUGCGCCAGGAAACAGAGUUUUUCCAACAGAACCAAACAGGAGCCAUCACUUCUCGGGUGACAGAGGACACAUCCACCCUGAGUGAGUCUCUGAGUGAGAAGCUGAGCCUAUUGUUGUGGUACCUGGUACGGGGGCUGUGUCUCUUGGGGCUCAUGCUCUGGGAGUCACUGUCCCUCACCAUGGUCACCCUGGUCACCCUGCCUCUGCUUUUCCUUCUGCCUGAGAAGCUAGGAAGAUGGCACCAGGUGCUGGCCACACAGGUGCAGACAUCUCUGGCAGAGUCUAGCCAGGUGGCCAUUGAGGUGCUGUCAGCAAUGCCCACAGUCCGGAGCUUUGCCAAUGAGGAGUGUGAGGCCCAGAAGUUUAGCCAAAAACUGCAGAAAAUGAAUACCCUCCAUCAGAAGGAGGCUCUGGCCUAUGCAGUCAACCUCUGGAUCACCAAUAUCUCAGGGAUGCUACUGAAGGUGGGAAUUCUAUACAUAGGUGGGCAGCUGGUGACAAAUGGGACUAUAAACAGCGGGAACCUUGUCACGUUUAUUCUCUACCAGAUCCAGUUCGCCUCAGCUGUGGAGGCACUAUUCUCCACCUACCCCAGUGUACAGAAGGCUGUGGGCUCCUCAAAGGAAAUAUUUGAAUACCUGGGCCGGAUCCCUCGCUGUCCUGCCAGUGGUGUCUUGACUUCUUUAAAUUUGGAGGGCCUUGUCCAGUUUCAAGAUGUCUCCUUUGCCUACCCAAGCCAUCCGGAUGUCCCAGUGCUGCAGGCGCUGACAUUCACCCUUCAUCCUGGUGAGGUGAUAGGGCUGGUGGGGCGCAAUGGGUCUGGGAAGAGCACUGUGGCUGCCCUGCUGCAGAAUCUGUACCAGCCCACUAAGGGGCAGCUGCUCCUGGAUGGAGAGCCCCUUCCCCAAUAUGAGCACCGCUACCUGCACACACAGGUGGCUGCAGUGAGACAAGAGCCACAGCUAUUUGGAAGGAGUUUUAGAGAAAAUAUUGCCUAUGGCCUGGUCCAGAAGCCAACUAUGGAGGAAGUCAUAGCUGCUGCAAUGGUGUCUGGAGCCCAUAGUUUCAUCUCUGAACUCCCGCAGGGCUAUGACACAGAGGUGGGCGAGGCUGGGAGCCAGCUCUCAGGGGGUCAGCGACAGGCAGUGGCCUUGGCUCGAGCAUUGAUCCGGAAACCACGUGUACUCAUCCUAGAUGAUGCUACCAGUGCCCUUGAUGCAAACAGCCAGUUGCGGGUGAAGCAGCUCCUGUACAAAAGUCCUGAGAGGCGCUUUCGGUCUGUGCUUCUUAUCACCCAUUGUCUCAGCUUGUUGGAGCAGGCUGACCAAAUCCUCUUUCUGGAAGGAGGCACCAUCUGUGAAGCAGGAACCUACCAGCAGCUCAUGGAGAGGAGGGGAUGCUUCUGGACCAUGAUGCAGGCUCCUGGCGGGUCAGGUGUUCCGGAAUGAAAGACUGCUUAGACCUGCAUAGGCUAUCUCCCUCCCUUCUUUUCACCUCUCUAAUGGAGAAUUUGGGAACAACGGGCUUACCAGAGCUGCACAGGAGGCAGCUGCUUCUAGGAGGAGUGACAUCCUAGAGCACAGCUCCAUAACUGAUACCUAAAAUUCUGCCAUGAGUGUUGCGCCCUCUCCAAACAACUCUUGAUGAUGCAGAUUUCUUGGAAGAAAACAGGAUCUAGAACACCUUAGUGUAAGUGAGUGUAGAGCCAGGAUUUUGGUGUUGAUAGAACCCCAAAAAUAAGAACUUUAAUAGGUACAGAGAAGGGAAGAUCGGCUACUUUCCAAUAUGGCUAAAGUCAUAUGCUGACCCAUAACACACUCUGGAUUCUUGAUAUUUAUAAUAAAGCGGAUACUGGUGUUUCGUA